AUGGAUCAGUUGAAGGGAUUCUGGGGAAAAGUGGAAAAGGUGCAGUCGCACCAUUCAGAGAUCCAGAGGAAGGUGAAGGAAACUGGAAAUAAGAAGGGAGAAAAGAAAGCUGGGUUUCGGAGACAAUCUUUGGUCCAGUUUCUCUCAUCAGAGACACCACAGCCGCACCAGAAUUUUAAGGGGAGAGUCUUCUGUCCAGACAGCUACAGAUCGGGUUCCGAAACGGGACGUGGGCUUUGGGAGCCCAACUCUCAUCCUCGUUCUAUGCCAAUGGAGGCGGCUUCUGCUUCAUCGCCUUCUCCCGCAGUCUCCUCGCCCACUGCUUCAGAUCCCAAACUCCACUUCCUCAAGCAGAUAAGAAGCCAUGAGAUUGCUAUUGGAGAGCUCAGUAAUCUUCCCACCUCCAGGAAUGUGUACCAGAAAAAUGGGAAUCUCUUCUUCCGCACGACCAUCCAGAAAGCUACAGCUUCUGAACAGAAGCAACUUAAUUCGGCCAAAGCUAAGCUACAAAAGCUGAAUUCACCAUAAUAUCACCAACCAGCCAUUUCACCUCUGGAAAUAUCAUGUGGGCUACACUCUCACCAGGUGUUUAGAUGAAUGAAAAUAGAGCCAGUGUAAAUGAUUCUUAUUUUCCAGUACAACGAUUUACCAGCUUGCAGGUCUGGUGGACUUGGGUGAUCAACAGGGGAAGAGCUGAGUGUUUUAGAAUAGUUUCCAAUCCAAGGAUCAGUCUGUCUAUUGCUGUAUGGGAAGCUUUCUUGCCCUUGAUGUGGUUGUGCUUAUUUGAAUCCUGGUUGUGCAUUCUCUAAUUCUGACUGCUCAGUUGUCCUGGCAAUGUCAACAUAUACAAUGUCUUAUCAGACUUUCUUAUUAAAACGAUGGAUAUGGAUGAACAAGCAAUUUUUGAGCAAAAUCAGUUUAAUAAUUGCCCUCAAA